CCGUAGUUGAGUCUCGCUAAACCAGGAAGCGAUUCUCACUAUUUACAUUCUGUUUAUUCGGGUUUCGCGGAUUUUCCUCACACUUGACCACCAUGUCACAGGAUACCUGGUUACAGAAUUAUGAUGCUACCUGCCGCCUGGCACAGGAGGUUGCUGAGAACAUCCAUGAACGGAACAGGCAGCAGAGAACAGGCGGAAACCCUGCCAAGAUCAACAUGACACUACGGGCUUCACUGCAGAAGCUCAAACAGAAUAUUGCUCAGCUGAAAGAAAGUUUGCUGCGGGCCUCGUCAUCUCGUCGGAUAAUGCAGUCAGAAGCGGACAGACGGCAGAAUCUCAUUGAUGACCUACUCACCAGAGAGAAGCAGCUCAUUGCUACUUUUAAAGGGGAAAGCACCGAUCCUCAAACAACUAGGUCAACUCUUAUGUCCGGGAUGCCGCAGACAAGCAGCGGUGUAGCGGCCAAUCCAUGGCUGGUCAAUGAGUCAGAGGAAACCAGAGGGCUUAGUGUUGGGGAGAUCAAACAACAGCAACAGAGAAUCAUUGAAGCCCAGGAUGCAGGCUUGGACGCACUUGCCGCUGUCAUCAGCAGACAGAAGAUAAUGGGGCAGGAGAUUGGCAAUGAGCUGGAUGAACAAAAUGAAAUCAUCGACGAUCUGGCGCACCUCGUCGACAAGACGGAUGAUCGGAUUCGCAACGAAACGCGGAGAGUGAAAUUGGUUGAGACGAAAUCUGCCUCAUGUGGGAUGUUGGUGGUGAUCGUGCUGCUUCUCAUCGCCAUCGUGGUGGUCGGCGCGUGGCCCGUGUAGCCGACAAGGACGGCGCUGAAGACUGCAUCGUCUCAGUGCAAUGGACGAAAUGUCUUUUGUAAACUCACUCAUGCGCCAUCCAAUAUAGUCACUGCUGGAUUACAGCUAUAAAUCUUGGGUCCCGGAUCAAACUCUCACCUCAGCCACCUCAGGCGAUUCAAUGUCCUGAUUGGUUGCAGGGUUUUAGUCUUCUCAAUAUUAAAGCAAACUUUUUGGUGUGUAAAUUGCUGAAUGCUUUUUGUCCGUGUGGAUAUUUCUGGUGAGUUUGAAUAAAUGAUGAUCGGGUUCUUCUCCAUUGGACAAAUCACUCUGAACCAUUGUUCUGUUGUGUGUACCUAGAUCCAGUCAACAUAAACAGAUGUAACACUUUCGAACUUUGUUUAUACCUCUCCUCUCCCAACAUCCGCUGAAUCACCUGCUUCAUAGUUCCACUGGAGAAAUGACUGGUUGUCAAUGGUUCCCGGAGUGUGCUCAUACAGUCUGUGUUCGCCAUCUUGGGAGGACACAGCUGGAGUCGCUGAACAUCACUUUUCCACUGAUGUCAUCAAACUAUUAAAAAAAAAUACAAACGUGUGCAUGCUUUUUCUUUUUUUGUCUUUUAGUGGAUCAAGUGAGGAGAUUAUGUAACAUAUGACCGUCUAAUGGAGUUAGAAAUGAGUCAGCAAAAUAAGAUUUACUUGCGUGAAUGUUCCUCCAAAAAACAUUAUAAAUCACUUUACGAUUUAUGGGGGAUUAUGGCGCCCCAAUAACCGCAGCACAGUAUUGACUGGUCUUCAAAAGUCACUGUGAACGUUCAAAUUUAAUUGGACGAUUCUAUGCUUCCGUUCACCUGAGGACUCAGUUACUAUGUGAGAGAAAAGCGUUGUUGUCAUGGCUGUGGGGACUGUGCCAAAGUGGUGUGUGGCACAGUCAGUAGUCUCUACUGUCGCUGUGCCGGAGACGUCGGACCUUCCACACAGGUUGCCAGUUCAUUUGUCUUUGUUUCUUAAAAAAUAAAAAAAAUAAAAAAAAAUCCAUUUCGUGUGGGUCUAGCAUUGUUUCAAAUGCCCCAUGAAUAAAGAGAUAUUAAUGUGACACAUUGAUUGACAUGCUUCUGGACUGAGUGGGUGUGAGAACAGUACUGUAACACAGCAGGAUGUUACUGUGUAUAUUGUCAAACUUUCCUGUUUAAAACACACAAAAAAAACAAGUGGAACGUAUUUAAAUGUUAUAAGUUUAUUCCAACUAAAAUCUGUAUUAAGUUCUACCAUGUUGGUUUGUUCAGUAGUUAUUACUUCUUUUUUAUUAAAUGGCAACAAUCUAAACAACCACAAACAUGUACAAAUAAAAAAAAAAACAUUGAGAAAGACAAUAAAAUCCACAAUGUCUCGUGUCAUUAAAUAUAUUCAUAUGAAAUAACUGUAAUAUAUUAGUACACCUCGUAAAACAACAUCGCAAAAAGUCAAAUGUUUGAGUGACAGCUAAACAUUUACAAUUCAUAGCAUGAACACAAAGGAAGGUUUUGUCAGGUGUGUGUGUGUGUGUGUGUGUGUGUUGUGGAGUGGAAGACUGAUGUUCUCCAUCAAAUGAGGCGCUCCACGGGCUCAUGAUCGACCAGGUUCGAAGCAUCGUGCGACCACACAAAGAAGCAAACUGCAUCAAAUAAUUGGGAAAUGUGGUUUGAAUCAUGGCGGCCUCCAGUCAUUGCCAUUUCCCACAUUUGUCCCGCAGCGUGACGAAUGAGGGUGGCAGGUGAACAGCAGUGUCCUCCGGUUGAAAUACCAUAAUUGUCUUUCCAAAAAGUUGGUGGUCUGAAAAGAAUCUGUCGCUCCGUUAUUAUUUUCCUCCUUUUGUAAAACUUAAUUUUAAUAUUGUUUUCUUUUUUUGUUUCACAACUAUGAACUACUUUUUUUUCUACGUAAAAAUGUAUAGAUUCGUUCUCAUAUCUUUAAAAAAAUAUCGCCUCCUGAAUUUAACUUUCUUUAUUCCUCUCUAGCUUCACUUCAUAGAAUGACUGCGCUUUAAACUCCAGUACAUAAAACCCUUGAUCCCCAUGAUACCUAAAG